CCUCUGCCGAAGAUGGAGUGGUGGAGAAUGAUAACGUCUUUGUACAGCUCAUCAAAACAGCAGGAAUUUUCUUUGAAUGCUGGGGAGAGACAGAAUGACAUAGCUGUGGAUCAAGCAACCUUCCAGAAGAAACUCUGCCAGAUCUUGAGGAAGCAUCCUUUCUAUCCACGUGUUGUGCAGGAGUUUGUCAGUGGCUUGGAAACUCACAUUAAGGACAGAGACCAGUUCAGGAACUGCCUUCUGCCUUGUGCUCCAGUGCGAGGCGAGGGUACGAGGUCAGAGAAAAUGCAUUUUUCUCCCUGCCCCUAGGAGUUAGGCUCUGCUUGAACAAUGCAAA